GAACGUCAGAUAUGAUUUAUGUUAAUGCCAGAUCUGUAGCCUGUUGGAGCAACGCUGGCGUGUUCGGUAUUGCUUCGGCUAGAUCUAGGUGUGUAGUCUAGGUAGAGGAAGGAUGCUCAAGGUUUUGUGCCGUCCUUGGAACAGGGUUAGGGAUGUAAAGAUAAAAUGUGCAUGAAAUAUGAGGAUUUGUAGAUGGCUCUUGUAAUUUAUUUUAUUCUAUAUCUAUCCAUCUUAUCUGUAUGCUAUCUGAAAGUGUGACGUAAGCAGUUCAUGUGGGGUGCGAGACUCACAAAGGUUUUUUCCUUCUCCAUAUAAUCUCCAUGAAGAUCUUUAUUUUCCUUUAUCCUUUUAUAGGCUGCAAAUAAAUGCCAUUAUCUUAUGUCAAGGUUGUCAAUCAUCAUAAAUCGAAAUAUUGAAUUUAAAUAUACUAAAUUCGCCUUUGCAGGAUACCAAGGUGUUACAUAAAGAAUAUACUGCAAAUGCAGUUCUACGAAAUAUUCUAGGCUUUUGACCCAUUAGCAUACAUUAUUAAAGACGUGCUCCGGAACUUUGGUGACUACUAAGUUUUUUUAAACAUCCCACUUUGGACUGGAUAUGCAGUUCAUACAUGCAUAAUCUAUGAGCAGCAUUGAUGUUUUACCGCAAUUAGCCACAAAAUCCAUAGUUUGAAAGUGACAGGGUUUUUUUAGGCUGUGCUGCGCCAUUUUUCUACAUUUUCCUCCACGUUGGCCAGCCCCCUUGAAAUUCGAGUUCAACCAAUGAGCUUCAGCACCUCUCCAUAUGAGUGACAGCUAGCGACAGGCACAUUAUGCACCUACAGCAGAGUGAGCGACAGCAAUUACGUGGUGCACAAAUCUGCACAUAUGCGAGAUUGUAUGCAAUUUUUCAGGGACCGGUUUCGGCUUGUGAAGGCUACGGUCAGAACUACUGUAAAAGUACCAGAUAAUCUCUUUAAUGCCAAUCAUUUGUGUAACUAGGACCCAUGUAAUAUUUACAUUUGGCGUGGAUUUUAUUUUGGACAAUGCACCAGAUGUGCAAACUGGUAGGGUAAGCUUUAGCCUACAUUUCAAGCCAUUCAUAAUUAACAUGGGAUUUCAUGCACUAUAAUAUAGCCUAUUCCUAAUGUCCUUCCCUAAAAAUGAUCUUCAAUGCUAUGAGUGCAUGUUUUUUUUGCAAAUGAUAGGCCAAACAGUUGCUAUUUUGGUAAUGCAACAAUGUAGCAUCUCUCAAUUUUGAAACAUUGUUGCAAACCUCAGGUAUUGGUCGAGUGCCCUCAUACUCAACUGGGAUCUGGACCCAGAAUGGGGUCAAUACGGACCCCAGGUAACCGACCUCUGGCAUCAUAUAAACACACAUAAGACAUGGAACAAUUUGUAAAAUUGCAGGAAUUGUUCUUUAAAAAAGCAAAAACAUAUUAGACCCAUGUAAAAUGUGUAGAAUUGCGGGAAAUUAGCUUUAAAACUGAACAAUUUUCUGUCUGCCAACAAGAGGGGUGUGAACAGUGUGAGCUGGGGGUUUGUUACAGUAAUCACGAUAUCCAUACGGACCUUAGCCACCUAGGAAAUUUGUGUGACCCGACCUUCUCAAAUGUUCUAGGUGGCAAAGCAUUUAUCGGCCAGUGAAAGCCGAUCAUUUUGCCCUCCCUCUCUUUUAACCCAAUGAGUCCCACCGUAUCGCCGGCACGUUUUGGACUUCUAACCCCUUUUAAACACUGCGUUCGAGCUACACCUCUGUAUUGUACGAUUGGAUUCGUUUAUUUCUUCUGCAUCCGCCGUAGAUACCAACCAUUAGUCUGUGUGAUUAACGUGGGCUGUGUUUGUGAGGCAAGGAUGGAUCCCGAAGUUGCCCGGAGCAGGAUCUUUUAUAGAGUCCGAAUGGCUUGAGCUACAAACUAUUAAAAGCUAUCUAUGAAAAUCUGAUUUCCGUCCUCGCAAUGGGAGUUAUUUUCUGUGGUUCCUUUGAUUUCCGUCUUCGCAAUGGGCUGUCUAGCUCCCGCCCAUCCUUUCUUUAGAUUGGCGGAUACACCUCCAUAAAUAAAAUAACUCCCUUGCUCGGUGGGCGAAAUGAUGAAAAACGCCACCUGCUGGAGGGAGACCGAUUUUCCGUCGAGUUGGACCUCGCCUUUCUCUUCCUCUUUGAUGAUGCUCACAAGCUACACAAGAGUCGUUAAUAACACAUGUCAAAGUCGUUACACGGAGGUGCCAAGUUUCUGCGGGUUUUCGCUCCUCCGUUGUACUUGAUUGAUGAAUUAAGGUCACUAAUUAGUAAGGAACUCACCUGGUUUUCUAGGUCUUAAUUGAAAGGAAAAAAACAAAACCCCGCAGAUAGUAGGCCCUCCAUGUUAUUAGUUUGACACUCCUGUUCUACAUAGAAGAUCAUUGGAAAUCCUCGGACAAAGUGUCUAUAAUACUGUAAUAAGCUCACAUAGUUGCUGUCACAAACUCCAAACAGUUGUUACUGACUAGUUGGAUAUUGAUUACCCAGUGAGCAAACUAUUUCUGUAGCCCACUAACUAGCAGCAUUCAUAAACAUACAUUUUUCUCAGGUUUUUGCUUUGGCUAACUUUUUAAAAUUGAAAUGUGUCAAUAAAACUCAUAAAUGGUUCUGCUUAUGUUCAGUUGUUUUGUGUUGUACUUGUAGCCCUCAUUGUCCUGAAAAGAAAAUGGUAAAACACUUAAUUGUGAGGCUAAAUAUAGUCUGGAAAUGCAGAUAAAUUAGUCAGAUUUUGACUGGGAUCUCGGGACUGAUAGGGUUAAAUACUCAGGGCUGCAGCAUUGUUACUAUGGUGAUUUCAGUGUCUCUAACCCGCCCCACACAGCUUGCUACUGUCUGUCAUUGCUUGAACUGCACCAGCGCUGUUGCUGAUUCACGCCUCGCAGUUUCAUCCAUAGCGUCUAGUCAUGGUAUUUAAUUCAUUGUCGACUCAACAGCGCUCUUGAGUGCAAUAGUCGUAAUCUUUAACAAACGCUGGACAACUUUUAAUAAGCUAAACGCCUCAAAAACAAAAAAGAUAUUCAUCAUGUCUGCAGUGUCGCGACGCAACUCAAUUGUAUCGGUCCCUAUCAAGAAUAUUGAGCGGGAGCUCAUUUGUCCGAUUUGUAAGGAGCUGUUUACGCACCCCCUCAUCUUGCCCUGUCAGCACAGUGUUUGUCACAAGUGUGUCCGAGAGCUGCUGCUGUUGAACCAUGAGGAUUCCUUCGAUGCUGGGUCUGAAUGUUCCCUCCCUGGGAGCCCAGGACCACGAUCCAGAGUGCCCUCGCCAAGCAUGGAGAGGCUGGAUAGGCUUGCAAGAUCAGCCACACUGCAGAGAAGGUCGUUUGGGAGGAGAGGUAGACGCGGGUUCCAUUUUUUGAAUAGCUGUAGUAGCUCCAUCUCCUCACCAGGAUGGAGACGUGGCUCUGUGACCCCCCGCGUUACCACUUUCCCGUGCCCAGGCUGCCAACACGAUGUGGACCUGGGUGAGCGGGGCAUGAGCAUGCUCUUCCGGAACUUCACCCUGGAGAGCAUUGUGGAGCGCUACCGGCAGGCAGCCCGCGCCGCCGUGGCCAUCAUGUGCAACAUGUGCAAGCCGCCCCAGCAGGAGGCCACCAAGAGCUGCAUGGACUGCAAGGCCAGCUACUGCAACGAGUGCUUCAAGUUCCACCACCCAUGGGGUACCCCCAAAGCCCAGCACGAGUAUGUGGGGCCCACCAUGAAUUUUAGGCCCAAGGUGCUGAUGUGUCCGGAGCAUGAGAUGGAGAAGGUCAACAUGUACUGCGAGGUGUGCCGCCGUCCAGUCUGUCACCUGUGCAAGCUGGGAGGCUCCCAUGCCAACCACAAAGUCACAUCCAUGAGCAGUGCCUACAAGAUCCUCAAGGAGAAGCUAUCAAAGAGUAUCCAUUACUUAAUCAGCAAAGAGGACCAAGUGAGGACUCAGAUUUCCCACCUGGAGGUGUUGAUCAAUGAAACUGAGGAGAAUGGCAAGGUGGCGGAGUGUGGGGCCUAUGAGCACUUUGACCGGCUGUUCCAGACCCUCCAGGAGAGGAAGUCUGAGAUGCUGAACUCCAUCGAGCAGUCGAGGACGCGGCGUCUGGAGCAGCUCAGGGGCCAGGUGGAGGAGUACCAGGGCAUGCUGGAGAACAGUGGCCUGGUGGGCUACGCCCAGGAGGUCCUCAAGGAGACAGACCAAUCCUGCUUCGUUCAGACGGCCAAGCAGCUGCACACCAGAAUUGCGAAAUCCACCGAGUCUCUGAGGACGUUCCACCCCGCGGCUGACCCCUCCUUUGAUGAGUUUGUGCUGGAAACUUCCAGAGAGGAGACUCUGCUGAAGGAGCUAUGUUUUGGGGGAGUCCCCGAGCCUCCCAUCAUUGAUCUGUCCCGUAGUCGCGUCUACAACGAGGGCUUGUUGUGCUGGCAGCUGGCUGAGGAUACCCUGGCCACAGACCACCAGGUGCUGGAGUACAGGAGGCUGGGCGCGGAGCAGGAUGAGGAGGGCGUCAGCCUCUGGCGCCUCACAGACAGGGUGUACGGCCCUAGCACAGUGGUGUGUGAUCUGGAGGCCGACAGCCUCUACUCGUUCCGAGUCCGCAGCUGCCGCAACUCCCUCUACAGCCCCUACAGCCCAGAGGUCACCUUCCACACACCACCUGCCCCAGCAUUUGGCUUCUUAUUCAACGACAAUUGCGGGUUCAGCUCGGAGCGGCUGGCGUUGAGCAAGCGCCGUGACUCUGUGGAGAGCAUGGCCGGCAUGGCGUUCCUGCUGGCUGCUGAGCGUGUGCAGACAGGCAGCUACAUGGGCCUGGACUAUAUCAUCGGUGACACGGGCAUCUCUCAGGGCAGACACUACUGGGCCUUCCGCGUGGAGCCCCACUCCUACCUGGUCAAGGUGGGCGUGGCCUCUGAUUCCAAACUGCUGGAGUGGAUCCACAACCCCCGAGACACUAGUAGCCCCAGGUACGACCACGACAGUGGCCACGACAGUGGCAGCGAGGACACGUGCUAUGAUCUGUCCCAGCCCUUCACUCUGCUCACUGUGGGCAUGGGCAAAAUGUUCCUCCCCAAAGCUUCCAUCUCUGCCGGCGGAGACCACGGCGACCACAGCAACCGGGUGCUGCCUAUGCCACAGCGUAUCGGCGUGUGCCUAGACUACGAUGCGGGCCGGGUCUACUUCUACGAUGCAGACACCAUGAGGUGCCUUUACGAGCGGCAGUUGGACUGCUCCGGUACCAUGUACCCUGCCUUUGGCCUCAUGGGUAGUGGCAAGGUCCAUCUAGAGGAGUUCAUCACAGCAAAGCGGCUGUCGUAUAUGUGAGAUUCUGGGCCUUCCACACACAGGUCUCUCCCUCUCAACACUUGCCUUUGCGUUCAUGUUGGUCUCUGCUUUCAGUCAGGUAUGUUUGUAGUGAUUUUUGUUUUUGUCUGCAGUACUUCAGCUGACUAUUAAUCCAGGUCUUUGUUUUUUUUAAUGAACACCUAUUUAUGUAUCACUACUAAGUCCAGUAAAACGUAGCCAAGAGAAACCUGAAGAGCCUUGCAGCUACGUCUAUGUGCCUUUCACAGUAAAUAGAUCAUCUAACAAAUGCUAUGAUUUGUCUAACUGUGCACAACAGCAAGGCUAGUCAUCACUUACAAGGGUGAGUGUAUGUAGGUCACAAGGACCCCUCGGUUGAGAAACAUCCCUACCAAAAAUGUGUAAUAGAAAUCGCACCUAAUCAAUGUCCUUAGUCAAGAGUCUGUCAACGCCAGUUUGUUACACUGCAUUUGAUUUGAACACAUGCUCAAAAAAUUUGCACUUUUUAUUUUUAUAGACGAGCACACUUUCUUGCACUUAAUGUCACUACCUAACCACUCUGAACACUUUCAAUGCUGAACAUAUUUAUCUGAAUCGUAACACUAAACAUUCACGUUCAGGGUGUAAUUCUAACGGUCUGUGUGCUACUCAGACCUAAAUCGUGUGUUGGUGUCAGUGGGAGACUUUUGUCGUUAAAUUACUCACGGAGAUUAGUUGUUGAUCACUAAAUUGUCACGUUAAUGAAUUUACCUUGCACUGCUGCCUCGGAUGCAGUGGUUGUUUUCUGUUUAGCACUGGGAAUGUGAAACUUCAAACACUUCCAUGUUCUCACUACACAAACUGUCCCACGGAACUCUACUACGAUGCGACUUCUUCCUGACACAUGUCAUGUUAGUGUACAGAACUUAGACAUUUGUUACGCACGUUGACGAUUGGCUCUUGAGUAUCAGCUAGGACAACAAGGUUUUAGGGCAUACCACGGGUCUGUUCAGCAGCGUUUCAGAACCUUCCGAUUUUAGAAAUAUAUUGUGUAAACCGAUCAGAUGCUUUGUCCUCUAGAAAAGGGAGUAAUUUUGUGUCUCUACAUUUUCUAUUUCUGAAUGGUUACCCCUGCUGAACAUAGCCCCGGUCCCCUCUGGCUUCUUUACAUGGGUUUUUGGACAAUAUCUGUACAUAUGUUUUGUUUUCUUGAGGGUAAGGAUAAUCUGUUUUUCUCAGGUUUGUGGCCUAUGGGCCUUGUGCUACUGGCCGAUCAGCCCUGGAAAACUAUACCUUUCUCCUCAACAGAAUUUUACUUUUCAUUGCGGCUUCCAUAAAUACAUUAGUAAUUUACUGUACCCUAAUCUCAGCCUUUUAAGAUUGUUCAUAUAUCCAAUAAUAAACUGAAAUUAACAAUUUUAAAUGUUUACCUCAAUGUACAUAUCUAGUGGCAUUAUUUUUUGGGGGGGGGGAAAUAAGUCAUAGAUCUGCAAUUUGUUUUCUAUGAGUUUGUAUGUGCUGUGACGUUUCUCAGCUUAAUCCAACUUGAGCAAUUUGGGAAAUUGGUGGAAAAUUGUAGUUGGAACUAGAUCAUGUCUGACUGAAUUUGUCAAGGGAGCAUUUUUAAAUCUGUACGCCUCCUUUUCUGUGUGUUGUGAUGUUUUAGGUCCACUUGAGUGUUGCGUAUCCUAGAAUUUGCUGCGUUAAUUGUUUUGCUUAUCUGAAUCAUGUAAGUUCAUUUUGACGAACAACAAUCUGUAGUCUUAAUUUUAAAUCCUAGCUGCUUCAGAAUUGGUGCGCAUAAUUCUCUACCAUUCCUUUUAGGACACAACACUUCUACCUGUUCCUUUUAUAAUUGACUGUUGAAACACCUUUAAAAAGUCUAUGCACUUAAUUAACAGGUUCGGGGUUUGUGUUUAUCACAGAAUGUAUUAUUUACAGAACAAAUUGAAUGUCUCGUAGGUGCGUUUUUGUUAAUUUGCUUAUCUUGGGUCAAGUCACUAGUGGCCGCAGGAGUUGUCUUUCACAGUAGAUAUUUGCUAUAGUGCUCGUCUUAUUCUAGCUACUGUACAUAUCACUGCUGAUUUUAGAAAAAGGGAAUCCUAUGGUUUUCAGUAGUAAGUUAAACCAAAUAUUCUGCAGACACUCAGUCUAAUGGUUCAAGCUAGCACUUUAAACUGUAGCAUGUAUGCUUCGGCUGUGCAGGUCUGUGUGAAUUGUUGUGCAAUAUUACGUACACUGCAGGGAAUAGACCUGUUGUAUUCUCCUAUUGUAAGUGAUGGGAUAUGUGAUGUUCGCUUUCUGUGAGUGAUGCUUUGAUGUAUAUUAAGCGUUGUUUGUCAUCAGAAUCUUGAAAUAUGUUAUUUUAUUUGCUGUUUGGGAUUUGUAUGAAAUAAACAAGUGUUUUAAACCAA